UGGGCCGCCCGGGCGCUCCCGCGGCUUCUCCUCCCCUCGCACGGGCAACUUGGGGAGGGGCGGGCGGCGCCGGGCCACGGAGAGGGGUCUAGCUAGCACGAAGCCCCCCUCCCUUGGCUUCGGGGCUGGGCACAGGGGUCGACCCCCCCCACCCUAGGGAAGCAUCCCCCUGUCCCGGGCCUCUUUGCUGGCCCUGCGGACGCCCUCGUGGCCACGUUUGCAAACUCUCCCAGUGGCCUUUGGCACAGUGGGUGGGGGAGGGAGUGGAGCCGCUUUUCUCGUCUGGCCCCAAUUAGCGUCUUCUUUCUAGCUCUGCCCCCCCCCCCCCCCCCGACUGUGCUGGAACGAGGCUCUGUGCUCGGAUGACUUCUUUAUCCGGAAACAGCAUCAGGAAUAAGCAGUUAGGCUUUUAUUGCAAGCAAGCAGUAAUAAUAAAGGCUUUGCUUGCUGCUUGCAAUGAAGACUUUUAUAGAACUGUAUAAGUAGAAAAGCGCCCUCUGCAUUAUUUCAGUGCCCUGUGGGACACAACACCACCCCUGACCACCAGUUCCCGGGGUGGCCCCUCACCAGUUCCAGGGUCCAAGCAAACUCCACACCGCACCACUGCAAGUACUAGGACAGCAGGUGUCCCAGGAGCUGAUAAGGCCUUGCUUUGGAAGCAAAAGCACAAAGGGUCCAUUGUUACCGAGAUGGCGACGGAAGGGGAUCCUGGAGACUUUGUCAAAAUUGCCCAGCUCUUCCUUCUGUCCACAGUCUGGGGGAUGCAGUUAUGGGUCACCUUCAUAGCAGGGUUUGUCCUUUUCCGGGGGGUGAGCCGGCAUACCUUUGGCCUCGUACAAAGUAAGCUCUUCCCCUUCUAUUUCUACACCUUGCUUGGCUGCACCUUUCUGAAUCUGGGCAUCUUUGCUACGUACCAUCCACGGGAGCUGCUCAAUACCAGGGAAACCAUCCAGAUUGUGCUGUUCUUCGUCUGCCUCGUCCUGGCUGCUGCAAACGCCUCCUGGUUUUCCCAGACUACUACAAAGACCAUGUUCAAGAUGCAGGAGAUUGAGCGGGAGCACGGUCUUGGGGAGGAGGUGGGACUGUCAGUUCACCGGGAGGCUUACCAGCGCCUGAAGGAAAAGGACGCCAAGUAUCGGGCUCUGCGCCAGAAGUUCUUCACAUUCCACGGCUUGUCGUCCCUCUGCAAUCUGGCUUGCGUUGUCUGCACGGGUGUGAAUUUGGUGUGCUUAGCUCUGCACCUGGACAGUCUGUGACUAGAAGAGCUAUGACCCGAACGGUCCCAUUCUCUUCCUCUGCUCUUAAUGCAGAAUUUAUCUUGAGGCACGGCCUCUGAACCUUCUCUGGAAGCCCUUCUGUCACCCGUGUUUGGGCCUCUGCCUUAGCAUGAGUGGCUGUCUAGAUAAGGCUAGACUAGUCAAUGUGUUGGGAUGAGAUUGGAUAAUCGACCUGCCAGUGAGCAUUGGCUGGGAGCUUUCUAAAAGCUGUGUUGUCGAAGGCUUUCAUCGCCGGAAUCACUGGAGUGCUGUGUGGUUUCCGGGCUGUAUGGCCAUGUUCUAGCAGCAUUCUCUCCU